AUAAGGAAAAAAGUAUAAGUUGUAGGAAACUUGCCGCUGAGCUGAGCUGCUAUUGAGAUUUGAGAAAUACAAACAUAUACACAAACAUAUGUACAUUCAUACAAGAUAUUUGAAGCUGAGAUAGUGAUUUUUUUUCAAACUUGCAAAACAUACGCAAAGAAUUGAAAUCAGUUUGAUUUUAGCCGCUGAAUCGUGGAGUGUGUCUUGGGAGCAUAUGUGACUUUUAUUCAAUAAGGAGAUAAUUAAUACAGAAAUUUUAAAUAAUAUACAUAUAAGGUACAUACAUACCUACUGAUAAUACAGAAAUGGUUCGCUGUCGCCCACUCAUACUCCAGAUAAUUACAGCAUUUUUACUGUGCGCACAGCCAAACGCGCAAUCGAAUACCGAUUUGGAUAGAACGAUUAAGGAUAUCUUUUCACAGAGCCCCUCCACACCAAACCAAAGUACCGAUACAGGUUUCGGUAAAAUUGUGAAGGCUGAAAUAGUGGAUCCCUCACAACCGCAAAUCGAAUUCAAUUCGACAAGUGGCCGGGGACCAUGUAACUGUGUACCAUAUCACAUGUGUGAUCCCACGACAGGCACUGAAACCACAUCAGUUGAGGAUGGUGAAUUUGACGGGUUCGGUUUGAUCGACAUACGCUUCAACAACGACGAUCCUGUGUGCGAACACUUCCUCGAUGUCUGUUGCGAUAGUCAAAGGCGACGUAGCGACAGCCUCACGCCCAAACCACAAGAACAACGGCCUGAGCGUCAAAAAGGUUGUGGCAUACGCAAUGUUGGUGGAAUUGAUUUCAACAUUACAGGCGCCUAUGAUAACGAGGCUGGUUUUGGCGAGUUCCCUUGGACUGUGGCCCUACUGCAGGCCGGCAAUUAUAGCUACUUCUGUGGCGGUUCACUCAUACACCCGCAAGUGGUGCUGACGGCAGUGCAUUGCGUUAUUGGACGUGCGGUCUCGAGUUUCAUGAUACGCGCCGGUGAGUGGGACUCACAGACCACCAAAGAGCGUCUACCCUAUCAGGAGCGCAGUGCGCAAAAUAUCAUUACACAUCCCAACUUUAAUUCACGUAAUGUUGGUAAUAAUUUCGCUUUGGUGGUACUAAGUCAACCACUUGUCUUGGCCGAUCACAUCAAUGUUGUCUGUCUGCCACAGCAAAAUGCAGCGCCGCUUGCCAAUACGCAGUGCUUCGCCAACGGUUGGGGUAAGGAUGAUUUCGGUGAGGCUGGACGUUAUAGCACCAUUAUGAAGCGUGUGCCCUUGCCUAUUGUGGACUUUGGCAGCUGUCAGACGCGCUUGCGCGGCACACGUUUGGGACAGAAAUUCGUGCUCGACCGUUCAUUUAUUUGCGCUGGUGGCGUGCGUGGUAUCGAUACAUGCCAAGGAGAUGGCGGUGCACCACUAGUCUGUCCAAUUGGGUUGCCUGCGGAAAAUCGUUACGAGCAGGAUGGCAUUGUGUCGUGGGGUAUCGGCUGCAAGGAUGAUAUACCUGCAGCGUAUGCAAGCGUGGCGACGGCGCGUGAUUGGAUUGAUCAGCAAAUGUACAGCUUGGGCUAUGGCACGACUUCUUAUACACCGAUUUAAAUGCAAGAAUAUACAUAUGUACAUAUUUUUAGCAGACAGGCAUACUCACACUUGCAUACUUGAGAGAUUAUAAACUUUCGAAAAAAUUAUUAAAAAUAAACGUAAUGACUUUUAUUCAGUUUAUAACGUACCUACAUACAUGCAUAAAAAUUUACUCAUGUAUAUAUAAAUAUGUAUGCUUUUUUAUUAUUUCUAUACAAAACAUAGAAUGAAAUGCACAUAGCAUUUGUAUUGAAUGAUCAAAU